CAUUGACCCCCUCGAAACUUCCGCCUAAGAUUUCCAAUCAUGGCUUCUAUACCCGAUGAUGAACUUCGAAGGGAGCUGAAAUCUUUCGGGUUCUGCCCGGGUCCAAUCUCAGACAGCAACAGGAAGCUUUACCUCAACAAACUCAAGAAGCUGGCGUCCGAAAACUACAGUAAAUCGAGGUUUGCCAGAACCCAGAGACCUCACAAGCAUGUACUGAGCAGCCAGCAGCAUCAAACCCAACACAGGCACGACAGCCUGAGACUGCGAGAGAACAGCGCCAGCCCCAGCCACCGAUACCGGACUUCAAGCUUCAACCAGCAGGACAGCGACGAAUCCGACGAUUAUGAAGCUUAUUUGCACUGCGCUCCGCCGGCGGACAACGUCAACUUCACCUCGUACACAAAGGAGGAUUUGCAGAAGCGAUGCGACAGCACGGUGAAGCAGAACGUGUUUCUAGACCGCCAGCUCUCUCUGGCUCUGCUUACAUGCACCCUGGUCCUGUCCGCCGUGCUAAUUUGGCUGGUCUAUGUGAAAACCGUGGGUCUGGGGCAAAACAAAGAUGUGGAAAAUAAUCUUAAAAUGCUUCCUGUGGAUUGCAAGGGGAAAACCGACGCAUACUGCAGAGCAGAGGAGCACAAGGUGCACAUGCAGCUUCUGUCUGAGCUGUACAGCUUCCUCGCCAAGGUGGCAGGUGACUUUGAGUGUGGAAAUCCAUCAGAACUCAAGAGUAAAUGUAUUUCUGUUGAUGAUGCCAAAAGUUAUUUAGCCAUUUUAAACGGGGGCUACACAGACCGGUUUGAAGCGGCUCUUCAGAUGAUCGUUCAGAGCAAGCGAGACCUGGGCAUCAGGGUGGUGGAGCCGGGCAGUGCCCCCGGGGCAGUGCGGUGUCUGGAGUCCAGUCAGCCCCAGAUGGGAUUCAUGUGCCGCUUCAGCAGGGCCGUCUUCAGCGUCAUGAGCAGGAUGUUCAUGUUCGUCCUUGCUCUAGGGGUGCUGUGGGGAGUCCUGAUCCUGCUGCGAUACCGCUGGAGGAGGCUACAGGAGGAGGAGCAGGCCAUGUACGAGCUGGUGAAGAGGAUCAUAGGCGAGGUCCGGGAUCACUAUAAAGACUGGGAUCAGGGUCUGGAGCCCAUUCCCUAUGUACCCAUCCCUCACGUGCGGGACUCCCUCAUCCCACCCCAGAACAGGAGGUGCAUGAGGAGGAUUUGGGACAGGGCUGUGGAGUUCCUGUCCUCGAACGAGUCUCGUAUCCGGACAGAGACACACCGCAUCGCUGGGGAGGAUUUCCUGGUGUGGCGCUGGACCCAGCCCAUGGAGUUGUCCGACUCCAGCUAGGGGGCCUGGACACAUCCCGACCCCACCUGGGCACAGGACUUUUACACAGUGUAUUCUUCCAAAAUACAUUGCUUUCUGCAGUACAGUGCAAGAAGAAUCAGAGUACAAUUUGUAAUUAUAAUUGUUGUUGUUGUUAUUAUUGUUUUUGUUGUAAUUGAGUCUUGCAGUUGAGCUGAGGUGAGUGACCUGGUCAGAGUCUCUCUAAGACUAGUCAUCUGUGCAGCACUGGUUCAGAGACAAGGCUGGACCAUGUUCUCCUUUCUAACAAGAUCCUAAAUGCGCAGUUCAUUCCAGGAUAAGAAACUCCAGCAGCCCUGCACCCAGUCCUGGGUUUCAGCACUUCCCUUGGUUGUACUGUUGAAAUGAUCCACAGCCAGAAGUCUGAGUAGUCGUGCCCCUCUUCGGUAGACUGUCCCUCCCCCUGUAGGUGCGUGAACAACUGCGGACUCAGUGUGUGGUGUGACUCUGCUGGUCCCAGUUCCCGGACAGUGGCCUGCAGACAGACCUGCUGACCAGACACGGAGAGCGAAGCAGG